UUGCUGUUGGCGCUUGAAGCUUGGAACGGGCGAGAUCUCGCGAGAACCUGUCGGGGAACAGCUGGAACGUGUGGGCGUGGCUUGCUCUGUAGUGACGUCUAAGAAGAGUGUGGCAGUGAAUGAGUUAACCUUCCAACCCCCCCCUUCUCUUCCUGAUAUUCUCCCCAGAGAGGCUGGAGCCUAGAAACACAAGCAUAUUCCCAGCAGGGUGCGUGUCUGUUUAAGAAGAGGUGGCAACUUGUCUGCAGCAGCAGCAGCGGGUGUUGGAGGAACUGCUGGCAGCGAGAGAGCAGGAGGGCGUUUGUCUGUCUCUGCAUUGCAGAAUCCUCUCUGACACUGGUGCUGAAUGAGUCCGACUGAAUUCCAGAUGAAUGGCACUCCAGCAAUGUGCCUAGUGACCUGCUUUAGUGUCACACAACCACAUAUAUGACGUGAGGCAAUCACCUGGGUCCCCUUGCUGACUAUGCACCUACCUCUAAAUGGGACCCUGCUUGUGACUUGGUCACUCGGUGAAGAGUUGCUGCUAUAGGGGCUGUAUGCUUACUUGUUACAGAGCAUAGCUAGCUCCCCUGCUAUGGCCUUCUUGCCCAGCUUGUUGCGUAGGGGCAAUAUGCUGUCUCCUAGCCUUCAGAAAUCUAGGUGCCACUCGUCCACUUCAAAUACCCGGCGUCUAAGGGUCCUGGUGGACAUGGAUGGGGUGCUGGCGGACUUUGAGGGUGGCUUCCUGAAGAAGUACAGAAUUCGCUACCCAGAUGAACCUUUCAUUGGGCUGGAGGACCGCCGAGGAUUUUGGGUCUCUGAGCAGUAUGGAAGCCUAAAUUCCGGGUUGUGUAAUAAAGCCAUUAGUAUUUGGGAAUCAAAGAAUUUCUUUUUAGAGCUGGAUCCCCUUCCUGGUGCUGUGGAGGCAAUGAAAGAAAUGGCCAACUUAGAAAACACUGACGUCUUUAUAUGUACCAGUCCCAUCAAACGUUACCAUCACUGUCCUUAUGAAAAGUAUGCGUGGGUGGAGAAGCACCUGGGGCAACGGUUCCUGGAGCAGAUUGUCCUGACCAGAGACAAAACCGUGGUGUCUGCAGACCUCCUCAUUGAUGAUCGGCCUGAUAUCAUUGGUGCUGAGCCGAAUCCCACCUGGGAGCAUAUCCUCUUCACUGCCUGUCACAACAAACACCUCAAGCUCGCUCCCCCCAGUAGGAGGCUUCCAUCUUGGAACCAUGACUGGAAGAGCAUCCUGGACAGUAAAAGAGAGCAGGCUCCAUGAAACAGGGGGGGCUGUGUGAGUCAGAACAGAGCGGCGGCCCAAUCAAAACACUCCAUUCUGCACAGUCCAUACGCACCAUUGUCUUGUAUUCUAGGGACACAAUCCCACCCACUACUGUCUUGUAUGAACAGGUGCUUUAUGCAUGGAAUUUCCCAAUUUGGACCUUUCCAUUAUGUUGAUCGACAACAUAAAUAGUGCCAACUCGGUUCUUCCAGAUUUUGUGUGGAACUUCAACAUACACCUUAAUAGCUACAAUACUGUUCCACAGUGCUUUACAGACAUUAUACACCAUUCCUGCCCCAGAGAAGCUUACAAUCUAAGGUGCUUAUCACAUUCACACACAUUAUGGUCAGUUUUAUCAGAAGCCAGUUAACCUGCCUGUAUGUUUUUGGAGUGUGGGAGGAAAGCAGAGUACCCAGAGGAACCCACAGAGGCACAGGGAGAAUGUAGCUCUCCUUGCAGAUAGUGCCCUGGCUGGAACCUAGAACUGCACCACCAUGUUGUGUUAUAACAGCCAAUUACACUUAUUUUAAAAUCAAGAACAAUCACCCUCGUGUCCCAGAACCCUUACACCAGUGAUCCCCAACCAGUGGCUCGGGGGGCAACAUGUUACUCCCCAACCCCUUGGAUGUUGCUCUCAGUGCCCCCAAACCAGGUAGUUAUUUUUGAAUUCCUGACUUGGGGGCAAGUUUUGGUUGAAUAAAAACAAGAUUUCCUACCAAAUAAAGCCCCUGUAAGCUGAUAUAGAGGCUGCCUAAUAGCCAAUCUUAGCCCUUAUUUGGCUCCUCCAUGAACUUUUAUGUUGCUUGUGUUGCUCUCCAAGUCUUUUUACAUUUGAUUGUGGCUCACGAGUAAGAAAGGUUGGGGACCCCUGCCUUACACUAUAGGGAUAUCCCAGAAUGCUUUUAACUGAUAGCCUGAAUUACCCUAAUACUAUGUGAAGUUACUUGCCAACCUUGCCCUCAACACCCAUGGGCAGAAUAAUGUUGGGUUGGAGUGAAUAUAAUUGGUAUCCAUCUUCAGUGCAGUUAGUGAUUUUCACACUGUGGCUACUUUAUCCAGAAAAUGCUCCAAGCCAGCGCUAUGCCACCCACACCGGGAUGGAGCUCCUGGUUUAGGCCGCCAUGUUGGGAAAUGCAUGGCCCAUAAGGGGCAGGGCUAGAUGAGUCCUCACACUGUUUACUGGUCAGUUAUGCCACAAACCACAUCUGGGCUCAUUUAGGUCACUGAGGAGCUGAUCCAAAGUCAUUGCAGGUCGACUGAUCCUGUGAACCAAAGGGAAAAGUUCUCAAGUUAUUUUUAAAGAUCUGCAUAUCUGUCUUCCUCACUAUCACUUUAUUUCGGAAUUCAAUGUAGCAUUAAAAUCUAUAAAUGAAA